CGGGGCGGGUCUGCGCUGUGCCUCUGCUCCCCCAGUCUCCUGCUCCAGCCUCAAACAACAACACCAGCCCGCUACAGAGCCCCAAACCCCGGCAGUAAACCCGGCCAAGCCCCGCUACUGCCGCAGCUCCAGCCGGUCCUCCCGACACAAUGAUGCGAAAGGACUUAAACAAGCCGAAGGGGAAGACGUCGGCGUACGCCUUCUUCGUUCAGACGUGUCGUGAGGAGCAUCGUAAAAAGAACCCAGAACAGUCCGUCAACUUCGCAGAAUUCUCCAAGAAGUGCUCCGAGAGAUGGAAGGCGCUGAGUCCCACCGAUAAGAAAGUGUUCGAGGACAUGGCCAAAGCCGACAAAGUCCGGUACAACCGUGAAAUGAAGGACUACAUCCCUCCAAAAGGUUUCGGCAAAAGAGGACGCAAGAGAAAAGACCCCAACGCCCCCAAGAGACCACCGUCUGCAUUCUUCGUCUUCUGUGGUGAGUACAGACCCACAGUGAAGCAGCAGUACCCGGGUCUGUCCAUCGGGGACUGCGCUAAAAAACUGGGAGAGAUGUGGUCCAAACUGGGACAGAACGACAAGCAGCCGUACGAAGAGAAGGCCCAGAAACUCCGGGAGAAAUAUGACCGGGACAUGGUGGCUUACCGCGGGGGAGGAACUUUGGCCAGAAAUCCUGGCUCUUCGGCUCAGGGUCCAGAGGAAGACGAGGACGACGAAGGAGAAGAUGAAGAGGAAGAAGAGGAGGACGACGAGUAGAUCUGGACCGGGAUCUGGACCAGGACUGACGGGUCUCACAGAACCACCACCAAAACCCGACUGGACAGGACUGAACCGGGGGACUUUUAGUAGCACUUGGAACUAAACCAGGACUUAGGACUUGAUAGUUACACAUCCCAUCCCUGGUUUUUGAAUGGUGUCGAAUGGAAAAAGUGAAAACGUGGUAUCUUAAAAUCUUCCAAAUAUGUAGUCAGUGGUUGGAGAACGCUGUGGACUUCUGGUUUAAAAAUUGUGUGAAUCAUGAAUAUUUAACGAAAAAAGAGGAAACUGUUACAUAUCACUAAUUAUUGACAAAAAAAAGAAAAAAAAAAGAGGUGAAUUUUAGCAUUUUUAGUUCCACGGAUUUUAUAGAAAAAAACUGAAACUUGUAUUUUAUCUUGUUAAGAAUAGUGUUUAAAUUAGGGAUGCACCAAUACGAAUACCGAUAUCGAUGGAUUGGGUAUCGUAAAAUGAUAUCGAUUCAGUCGAUAUUCUGGUUGAGCUGUUAAUUUGAAACUCUUUAUUGACUGAUGCAGGCCCAAGACUUCUCAUAAUGUUUGAACUUUAACUCGUAUAAAACUGUUCUGUAGCCACUUGCAGGAUAAAUAACAGUUAUAUAAAACAAUAACAGUAGGUACAUUUUGUAUAAUUGAACUGCAUUUUGAGAAAAAAAAGACCAUUUUCUGUCCCUACACUGGUAUCGGUUAAUAUCGGCAGUUUCGAUAUCUGAAGUGAAAAAGCAGGAUUGAUGCAUCCUUAGUUUAAAUGUGGAGAUAAAAAGUGAUUACGCAGCAAGUUUAUCGUUUCACAAAUUAUGGAAAAGAGAAAAAAUUGUAACAGGUGACAAUGAUGUUUUAGAUCCACUGUUGAGUUUAUUUGGGGAAAAAUAUGAAACUUGUAUUUUAUGUUAUUUUGUAUAAAAUUUAAAUUUGGAGUUAAAAAAAAGCGCUUAUGUAACGUAAAAUUAGUUUUAAAUGAACAGAAAGGUGAACUUUCUUGGUUUAGUUUUGAUGAGUUUCAAAAUUGAGAUUACAACGGGGGUUUUGAAGAAGGACCAGGAUUUAACCCGGACUUGGUCUUGUGGUCGGGCUGGAUUUGUGUGGUGCUCCUCUGAGACCCUCACGUGCGCGCCCCUCGUGCACGAGCGCAGGGGCGUGCACGUGCUGUGUGUGUGCGUGCGCGGCUGAGCUGUUGUAGACACCAUUCCACCUCUUCGUGUUGUUCGUGACGUUUUUUAUUUGAUUCACUGAAACGUAGAAAAGUUUUUUAAUAAAAACACAAAAUGAACCAAAAA